AUGAAGCAGGGCAAUUCUGAUUCAAAGAAACCUACGGAUGUUGCUGUCCUCUCAAUCAUCCUUACGGGUUCUACCUUAACCUUAAUCUACACGUAUAAAAGAUACUUAACUCAAUUUAAAAGGUCAACCGAUAUUCCAAAACGCAUAUUCCGCAAAAAAUGGCUCUAUGGUAAAGUCACGUCUGUUGGUGACGGUGACAACUUUCAUUUCUUCCAUAUGCCAGGCGGUAUUAGUGGCGGAUGGGGUUGGUUACGAUCCAUCCCACGAAUGGUCAAGAAUGAUAAUGUCUCGAAAAAGCUUGUCAGCGGUAAUGAGAAUAUAAGUUUUUUCAAUUUAAAUUGGAUUAUGCAUAGGAGAUCGAAUAAAAGUCAAAUACAAAGAACCAAGAGUCAGCUUCUGAAGUUAAAUGUGCCCUUCAAAAAUAGAAAGAAUCUGCCAACCAUUCCCAUAAGAUUAUGUGGAAUCGAUGCCCCAGAAAGAGCACAUUUUGGUAAUGAAGCCCAACCGUUUGGUAAUGAAGCGCUGAUUUGGUUACAGAACCGGAUUUUGGGUAAGAAAAUAUGGGUGAAACCUUUAUCUAUAGACCAGUAUAAUCGCUGUGUGGCUCGAGUGUCGUACUGGGAUUGGUUUGGUGGUUGGAGAGAUUUGAGCUUAGAAAUGCUCAAGGAUGGGUUAGCGGUUGUUUACGAGGGCAAGGUAAAUACAGAAUUCGACGGCAGAGAAGAAACAUAUCGUCAUCAUGAAUUUAUGGCAAGGUCCAGAAAGAGGGGAUUAUGGGUUCAAAAGAAAUUUGAAACGCCUGGUGAGUAUAAAAAACGUAUUUAA